UCGCAGAGCCCGACUGCGCCUGCGUAGGCUGCGGCAAAGCUAACUGCUCUUAGGCUUUCGCUCAUUGCUGACUAGAGCUUGUUUAAAAAGAUCGCCUUUCUUACCAGCUCUCACUUUCCAUCCGCCCAGCUCCCGGGUCUCAGGCCUUGGCUGUGUGCCGAGGCACCAACACACCUGCCGUCCUCUCUCCGACGGAUCGCUGACCUCCCCGUUCGCGUUCCUGUCUCCCGGAACCAUGUCUCUGGUAAGCCAGAAUGCGCGCCACGGCAGCGCAGAAACCACUGCAGAUUACAGCGACGGCCGGGGUGAAAUGCAGGCUACUAACGCCUCCGGGCCCCCCACCUCCAUGGUAGUCCCCGAUGCUCCCCAGGGUCCUCCAAUUCCAAUCGACCCACAGGGUGCCAGCGCUUCCCAGGCUGCGCAGGACCCGAAUGACAUCGAGGUUCUCAUCGACGAGCAGUCUCGACGUUUGGGGGCGCUCAGGGUCCACGACCCUCUAGAAGACAGGUCGGUUGCUUUGGUGAAUUUCAUGCGCAUGAAAAGCCAAAGCGAGGGGUCCAUCCGGCAGUCAGACAUGCUGGAGUUUCUCAGAGAAUACUCAGAUCAGUUCCCUGAGAUACUCAGACGAGCCUCAGCUUACCUGGAUCGGGUCUUUGGGUUGAACCUGAGAGUUCUUGAUCCUCAGACUGACACCUACAACCUAAUCAGCAAACGGGGUCCCCAGACCACUGAACGGUUAGCAGAGACCCUAGACAUGCCAAAGGCAGGUCUCCUAGCUCUGGUCCUAGGCCACAUCCUCUUGAAUGGCAAUCGGGCAAGAGAGGCCUCCAUUUGGGACCUGCUGCUAAAGGUUGAUGUGAUGGAUGAGCCUCAGAGGAUCAACAACCUCUUUGGGAACACAAGAAACCUCCUCACUACUGACUUUGUCCGCAUGCGAUUUUUGGAGUACUGGCCAGUGUAUGGCACUAAUCCUCUCGAAUUUGAGUUCCUGUGGGGUUCUAGAGCCCACAGGGAAAUCACAAAGAUGGAAGCCCUGAAGUUUGUAGCAGAGGCCCAUGAUGAAGAACCCUGGAGCUGGCCAGAAGAGUAUAACAAGGCCCUGGAAGCGGACAAAGCCAAAGAGAGAAGCCAGGCUGCUGGCUUAGAGUUCUGGUCAGAGGACACUAUGAACGAUAAAGCAAAUGAUUUGGUCCAGUUGGCCAUUAAUGUCACUGAGGAGUUGCUGCCUAUACAUCAGGAUGAGCUUUUGGCUCACACUGGCAAAGAAUUCGAGGAUGUGUUCCCAAAUAUCCUCAGCCGAGCCACUCUAAUCCUUGAUCUGUUUUAUGGGUUCUCUCUGAUUGAGGUUGAUACCAGUGAGCACAUCUACCUCCUAGUCCAGCAACCAGAAUCAGAAGAAGAGCAAGUGAUGCUCGAGAGCUUGGGCAGACCCACCCAAGAAUAUGUGAUGCCAAUCCUGGGUUUGAUCUUCCUGAUGGGCAACCGAGUCAAAGAGGCCAACAUCUGGAACUUGCUUCGGAGAUUUAGCGUGGAUGUAGGGAGAAAGCACGCCAUCACCUGUAAGCUUAUGCGACAACGCUACCUGGAAUGCAGGCCACUGUCCUACUCUAAUCCAGUUGAAUAUGAGCUGCUUUGGGGUCCUCGGGCUCACCUUGAAAUCACCAAAAUGAAAGCCUUGGAAUACAUGGCCAGGCUCUACAGAAAGAGACCACAGGACUGGCCAGAGCAAUACAGGGAGGCUGUGGAAGAUGAGGAGGCCAGAGCCAGAUCUGAGGCAACUGCCAUGUUCUUCUUUGGCUCCAUGUGAAGUCUGGAGGCGGUUUCGUUUUAGUUGAGUGACAUCAGUUAAACGGGCCUUUGGGAAAUGGGCACUGGUGUUCUAAAUCAGAAAUUGGGAGGGUUGGGGUAGAGAUUACACCUUAUGCUUACUGUGUUCCAGUUCUAAUAGUGUUUCUUUCCUUCUAAUAUAUUCUUAAAUUGGCUUCUUGAUCAGUGUUUAUAAAUGAAGUUGCUCAUUUGCUCUUCCUGUCUUGUUUAAAUAUAAAUGUUCAGAUAACUGUGUAAAAUGUAUUUGUAGUAUGUACAUCUUUGAAAUAACCAGUAAAA